AUGACCUCCAUUCCUCAGCAGGAAGCAGCCGUCAGCUGGAUUAUGAAGGGCGCCAUCGAAAACCAAAAGGUUUUGAAUAUUGACCUCGCCAAACCCACAUCGGCGCAACAGUUCCCGACCACGGUGAACCGUGAAGGUAGCUUGGAGAGUUUGUUCCAUCUGGGUGUCUGGAUGUACCUAUGUUGA